AUGGCCACCGUUGCCGCCGCCGCCUCCGUGGUGGUGGUGUUCGACUUCGACAAGACCAUCAUCGAGUGGGACAGCGACGACUGGGUCAUCACCAAGCUCGGCGCCGCCGACGCCUUCAACCGCCUGCGCCCCACCAUGCGCUGGAACUCCCUCAUGGACAGGAUGAUGGGGGAGCUCCACGCGCAGGGUAGGUCGGCCGACGACAUCCGCGAGUGCCUCAGGAGCGCGCCGCUCGACGCGCACGUCCUCUCCGCCAUCAGAACGGCGUCGGCAUUAGGGUGUGAUCUGAAGGUGGUGAGUGACGCAAACGCCUUCUUCAUCGAGACCGUCCUGGAGCACCACGGGGUCCUCGGCUGCUUCUCCGAGAUCAACACCAACCCCGCGCGUCUGGAUGCCGACGGGAGGCUGAGGAUCUCGCCCUUCCAUGACCCUACCAGCUCGCCCCAUGGAUGCAGCCUGUGUCCUGAGAACAUGUGCAAGGGCAAGAUCAUCGAGAGGAUUCAGGCGACAGACAGUGCCAAGAACAAGCAAUUCAUCUAUAUUGGCGAUGGGAAGGGGGAUUACUGUCCUUCCCUUAAGCUAAGCAAAGGGGACUAUGUCAUGCCAAAGGAGAAUUACCCCCUCUGGAAUCUCAUCAGGAGCAAUCCGCAGCUUGUCAAAGCUGAGGUUCACCCAUGGUGUAAUGGCGAGGAACUCGAAAGGAUCCUACUUAAGUUGGUCAACAAGCUGGUCACCCCACCGGCACAGGUAUCCCAGUUGGACUACAAAUGCGAGAUGAGCAAUCCGGUACCAACAGAUGUAGGUCACAAUCAGACUCUCCCUGUCCCAAAUUGAUUCUUAACCAUACCUUAGCUCACGAUUAUAGGCAAGAUUGUGUGACUAUUUCCAUAUGCCAUGAGUAAGGAACCUGUCCUUAGUCAGCAUCCAUCCUACUAUGUGAUGUAAUAAAAGAAUGCACUGAUAUGGUUGAUGGGUUUUGUGUAUGUUAUAUCCCUUAUGAAA